CGGAGGAUGAGUCCACGCUGCCAGAAAUACAGGUGAAGAAGAAGACACUCACCUACAUCCAGGAAGUGUUGAGCUCCCCGUGGAUACCUGUCUGCGCCUGUUGUGUUCAAUAAACGCACCACAGCAGAUCGCCGGUUGAAAAAGCGGAUGCUGCUGUCACUUCCUCCUGGUCCCCAUCCUCCUCCUUGUGUGUGCAAGUUGAUUGCGUGCACUUGACUGUACCUGUCGAGCGUGUGCAUGUAUGUGUGUGAAUUCAGUCUAGGCCUGUGUAUGUGUGUAGCUGUUAGGUAGUGUGUGUGACUGUGUGUGUGUGUGUCUGUGUGUGUGUGUCUGUCUGUGUGUGUGUGUGUGUGUCUGUGUGUGUGUGUAUAUGUGUGUGUCCACCAUGUCCGCACAUCCUUUGACAUUCCAGCUGAGUCCUUUGGUGUGUCUUCACCUCCUCUACCUGCUGCUGCUCCUCACUGACUCCUCCUCCUCCGGAGUAUUGAAAGCUGUCCCAGAUCCAGCUGCAGGUGGUAAUGAUGGUGUCAGUCAAAAUGCAACAGCCAAGGAUUCCUCAGGGUCCAGAUCCAGUGAUCUGCAAACGGUCAGACCACUAAACCAAUCUGCAGAAGGAAGCCAUUUGUCCACAGCCUCACCAUCCAAUCAGCAGCCAGCAUCACCAGACUAUCAGCCUACAGCUCCUCUUCCUCCUACCAUCGCAGGCUCACCCACGCCAGCUCAUACUGGAGCCAUCACAAGCACUGGUACUAAUACAUCAACCACUGCAAGGCCUGAUGGGAAUGUACUCAUAGCCACUGUAGUGGUGACCUCUACAACCACAACGACAACCGCAACAGCACCAUCAUCUACAACAACCACAACAGCGCCAUCAUCUACAACACUAACCACAACACCACCAUCGUCUACAACCACAACACCACCGUCGUCUACAACCACAACACCAUCGUCUACAACCACAACACCAUCGUCUACAACCACAACACCACCACUGUCUACAACCAAAACACCACCGUCGUCUACAACCACAACACCAUCGUCUACAACCACAACACCACCGUCUACAACCACAACACCACCAUCGUCUACAACCACAACACCACCAUCAUCAACAACCACAACAACACUAAUGUCUGCAACAACACCACCACCACCACAUCUUCCAACAACAGUAAAAGCAACAACCACUCUUACAAGUGCUGCAACUGUUUCCACUACCACAGCUACAAAGAUGACGCCUCCAUCAUCAUCAGCUGUCAUGCCACAGCCAAACAGCACUGGGAUGCCACCAUCUCAGACCACAAGGCCAUCUACUGUAACUGCUACCAGUGCCAGUUCUUCAGCCAAUCAGAAUGAGCCGGUUGACUCGUUCCCGAGGCAACCGGCGGUAGAAGUAGCAGGCGGUGCUCUGACCAGCCAGCUGGUGGAUACAGCAUCUCUACUGGCUGUCCUGCUCUUCGGCCUGCUCUUCUUCUUGGUCACAGUGGCUGUGUUCGUCACGCAGGCCUACGAGAGCUACAGGAGGAAGGACUACACCCAGGUGGAUUACCUGAUCAAUGGCAUGUACACAGACUCUGGGGUGUGAGGGUGGAGGAGGUUAAGCACAACUCGUGGAGAUUGUUUUUGCGCUUGCAGUCAGAGACUGGAGACAGGAGGAUGGUGACACGCUGGUGCUUCACAAGGUGAAGAUCCUGUGCUGCUGUCACAGUGAGGGGAGAGGUAAGAGCGGACUGAACCGAGCACCAGCUCACUGAACAGACUCUGACUCUCACCACAGAAGUUCCACUUAACGCUUUCUUCUCAUUUUGCUUCUUUUUCUUUGAUGGUUUGAAUGUGAAGAGUUUGGCUUGUCCCGUUUUUGCCAGAUGUUAAUGUUACCUGGAUGUGACGCUGGUUCUAUGAGAACAUGCGCGGCCCAGUAACACACCAGUCUCCUCCACGUCGCUGUUGUUGGUUCCAGAGUGACUGGACCAGUCACUAGCUUACAGGGCUCAACAGAUGACCUCGUCAGUUGAGGUUUCAUUUCCAGGAGAGCUGCUCUGUUUGUAAUGACAUGAAAAAGACUAAAGUGGAUGGUUUUUGUUUGUUUUUCAAAUAAUUGCUAGAUGAAAAAUUUAAAAAUUGGUUCCUUUUUUUUUUUUUUUUUUUUAGUUAUUGUCACCCUGCAGAUGAAUGUAGUCACAGAGAAGUCUUGUGCUCAUUAAAGACGAGGGCUGUUACUUGAAGCAGUUCAAGUUUGUUCUAAAAUGAGUUUGAACGCAGCCCCUACAGCUUAAUGCAUUUUCCACACAUUCAGUUUUGAAUAGAGGGGACAGCCCUGUUAAGGACCAAAGCAUAUUUGUGACUACUACGUCUGAGAUGUGACUUUCAGUUUCUAGUAAUUCAUCAAUUACUUAUUCCCAUUAAAAAGACCACAGAAGUGACUAAUUGACUAAAAAUCUGAAAGCAAACCCAGACCCUUGAUUCAAAAACAACACUUGAAAUAUGGAAAACAACUUCAUUGUGAAACAAUCACAUUUUGACUUGUGGCCUUGAUCAGGGUCAAAUCAGAAGUUGUUACCAACAUUUCAGGUGUGUUCACUUUGAGUUUGACCUCCAAAUAAAGAGGUUUACAAUAUCUGGAGAAACUAUUUACAACCUGUCUGUUUAAAUGCAAUUACUCCAGUGAGUAAAGUGGCAUUUUAACUGAUAGAAAAGAUCCAAAACUACAAAAAUAAGAUGAAAGUUGUAAAAGAUUUAUUACAGUGGAAUAAUCAUUUACAUGUAGCUGUCUGAAGUACCAGUUCCAUCAGAAGCAGUAGUGUGCGUUGAAAAAGAUCUGACCUGAGUGAGAGAUCUGGACUUGAAGUGGCCUCGUCCACACUUUAAUGAAAAUGGAAAAAACCUCAGGAUUCAACAGAAGUAUUAAAGUUUUCUCAGAAAGACAUUAGAAUUUGACACAGGUACUCCUGCCAGCUGAGCACAGUGAAAGAUGUAUUUCCAUCACUCUUUGUUUAGUUCCCCUGCUGCUGCUGCUGCGUCAGGGCCAAAGAUAUGAAAGAGAGAGAGAGAGAGAGAGAGAGAGAGCUGAGUCAAGUCAUGCAGUCAAUGAUUUCAUCAUCUGUCAGUCUGUUAAUUGUCGGCUCUCUGAUGACGUUAAAGAAGACAGUCAGGCAGAUUGUAAAAAAAACCCUUCAUUCACUUUAUACUGAGAAAUGAUCAAAUCCAUCCCAGUUACAUAAAAUACUUGAUCAAUAAUUAUAAUCAGACAGAGCAGUGAGGUCUUACUGUGCAUAUCUUGGAAUGAGAGCGGAAGCUUUGUGGAGACGGUCUGCCAGUGUAUUCCAAACAAUGGUCACUGAAUUAACCUUUGUUUACCCACAUGAAGUACGACUGAAGGUGACGGUGUUUGCAGACUGUUUAUACUGACAGUGUUGGUGUUUGUUAACACAUCUCUCCAUUUCAUUUCAUGACAGACAUUUUGGGAAAUAGCUUUGUCUGCUGUAAAACCCACACUUCACCAGAAAAUCCUUUAGGCUCAUCAUUUACAGGGUCCAGGAUGUUUUUAGCUUAGCACAAAGCUGGGGUCCAGUUAGUGUUUACCAAAAGAGACAAUAACACACUCCAAUACUCACCCAAAGCAAAGGUUUUGUUGCUAGGCGACAUCUAGUGGUCGUAGUAAUGAUGACAGGAGCAAAGGGAAAAGUGUGGUGAUGUGGAGUGAAGAGAGACAAAGUCCACGUCAGGAGGAGGUUGUGAUGGAUGGAUGAAUAUGAAACGAGAGCGGGGUUCGAUUCCCAUGUUACUAUAUCACUUAGAGUGGGUUCAUCUAAACUGGAACUUGCAGGUUUAAGUACAGUGAUCUCCAGUGGCAUUAGAUGAUUCCUAUAUGUCACAGGAACCAGGUUUCAGAAAAAAAUAUGAGUUCAGCUACAGCCAAUGAUCUGAUAACGGCAUGGUGAAAAUGUGUUUCUGCUUUAAACUGCAGCUUCAGGGUCACUGUAGGUUACUUGACCACAUAAGAUUGUUGCAGACAAUAUACUAGGCGGCCGACAUGCAGUAAGGACUCAGCCUUGUUUGUGGUAUGUGCUGUACCAGGUGAGCUACCGAAACACCCUGUCUUCAGUGUGUUAAACCUUAAACCCCAGCUGAGACAGUGACAGACCAACAGCUCCACAAUAACAUGUUAAGACUCAUGUUAAAACCGGAUGCAGAUGGAGCUUGUAGCCUAGCUCUAUGGAAGAGUAUUUUUUCAUUUGAUGGAGCUAGGCUAACACUUUGCCCUGCCUCCAGUCUUUGUGCUAAGCUAGUGUCUUACUGGAGAUCUGUACAAUAUCAAAUAAAAACUCUCAGUGAUCUCAUGUAACUGUGGUAAACAGCAAAAAAACAGUAUUUCCCAAAGGCCCAACAGUUUUUUUUUUUAAAAGUCUUAUGAUUUAACUUUCAUUAUGUUAUUGUUAUUCACUGAUGUGGCGACAUUUCAGCAGGUUUUUCAGUGUUUGUUGUGCAUCAUGGGAAAGGGGCCAUACCAGAUUGUUUAUUUCAAUACAUUUGAUAUUUUUCCUCACAAUGAAUGUAUUUUUGAACACUCAGCUAUUUUGAAAAUAUUGGCUUGUUUGUCCUCUGUGUUAAUGCAUUGUCUGUCCCUGAACAACUUCCUGGGUUAGAUUUAGUGUGAAACCGCUAAAUAGAUUCUUCAUAGAUAUUAAUACUGAAUGUACCUCACUGUACAUUUUCUCAUGUUUUUGUUGAGAUGUUUUGAAUUUCACUGAUGAACAUGAAUCUUAAGCCAUUCAUCUACUUACUUUUAAUACAUCUUAGGACAUUUUCCCAUAAUUCAAUAUGUUGUGACUUUGUUUUCUAAUGGCUGAAGCUCAUGAGAUAUUUUUCUGUUAGAACAAUAAUGUUUAAGCUCUUAUUUCAAUUCAAAAAUGUGAAAAUAAACCUUGUGAGUUGUUGCAGUAACAUUGGAGAUGAGGCUACGGUGGCCCUGAGAGCUCAAUCCACUGCAACUUAAAAAAACCCAUGCAAACAGACAAAACACAAACAACUUUAGUAAACAUCUUCAUCAAAUCGACAAUACAUGAGCUUCAAACACUCACAACAUAAGUGUUUCCAGGGGACACUAAACAGUGAUGAACCUGGCUGGGACGCACUUGUUGAUUUUUUUUUUUUUUUGUGAAUUUUGAAGUUAAAAGCGUUGAACAACAUCAGCAGCAAGUGUGUCGCAGCCAGGUUCAUCACUUUUUAGUGUCCCCUGGAAACACAAAAAAGCGCCGUGCACUGAGCUUUCAGGUCCACGUAUGAGGGACAUUUAAAAACACUCUGCGAAUCAGUGAGGAAUUCUGAUGAAGUGAUGAACACGUACUCAGUAUGUGUUGCAUCUGCUCUAGUUAUGAACAAUAUAUGACAUGAAGGCUUAUUAGCCCACGUGCUCUUCAUAGUUUGUGUGUUAAGAAAAACACAUCCCAGAGGUCGGUGUCCAUGCUACACACUGAAUUACUGUUGCCUUUUCUCUUUUCUCCAUCACUUUGUGUUGGUUUACUUCUUCGUGCAUGGUUGAUGGAACUUUGCCAAAUAAUCACUGAAGCACAUUAUUGUAUGAUAAAGCCAAGGGAAACGUAAAGCCAUUUUCAACACGUGACUGACUGAAAGGAUGAUGUGAACUGUGUUCCAUUAUGGAUGGAUCUGAAAUCUCACAGCACAUGAUGUCUUAAAAAGUCAUGUUUGUGUUCUUGUGUAUUUCUGCAGUGUAUACAGUGCAUUAAGUUUUGACUUACGUUUUUUUUUUUUUUUUUUUUUUUACUGGACCUGCCAAUUUUGUGUUCAUUUUCCAAUUUACCAUAUCUUUAAAGAUGAUGCCACAACUGACUUGUUGUUUGUUGCCAGAAUCUUUUAUGUGUGCGUGCAUGUGUAAGCAAGCAGCAUUUGGAGAAAUGUCUGUUUUACAGAGCUCAUUGAUACAGAAGCAGAUAAAGACAUUCAUUUGCGAUAAUUAUUUUGUCAUUGCAAAAAAACAACCUUUUGUUUCUCAUGAAAAUUAAUGAACCAUGGCUGUUCUCAGCUUCCAUACAUUAUGUUUUCUCAUCAUCACAAAAUAACAAUUUCUCGAUGUCAGGAUAACCCAAACAUCUAACGAUCAUUAGAUACAGAUAUUCACUCGGACUUGGAAAUCAGUGUGUGGUGCAGAGAGGUGGUUACCAUGGAGGAAGCGUCUAUUGUUCACUAGUAAUCAUGAGAGAAACAUCUGUUUGUCCUGACAUCACAAAAAAUCAUUCAGUGAUCAUGGAAGCAGCCAUCUGUGAGACUGACUGAAGUCUGCAGUGAUGGCAGAAAUUGCUCCUCUGGUUAGAAUGAAGUAAACAGAUUUACCUGGAGGAUGUCACUAUGUCAUUUACAUCAGUGGAGCAAUUUCAACAUUUGAUGAUUUUGAGUUUUAUGAUGUCAUCGAUCCUGAACUGAGCUGUUCAACAUCAUGGAAACAAAGACUGGUGGAUUGUGUUUGCGAUGUCUGAUGUGCAGAAAGUCGAGACACCUGCCAUGUGCCAACUCAACAUUGUACUAAUGCACUUUGAAAAGAUAUUUUUACUUAAGAGAGAAUAAAUAAUAUAAAAGAACUAAA